GCGUCCGAGCGGCGCGAGCGGUUUGUAGCACACCGAGAACAGGAGAAAUAACACACACACACACACACCAUGCAUACACUCCGCUCACGAGACACGAUCACAUGCACUGUCGUUAUACACGCGCGCGCACGCAGGAGAUGACCUGAGAGACCGCGAGCAUCCGCGAGCAUCCUGUGCACGCAGGAACAGUGACUUUAACUCUUUAUCACUGGGAACUAGAAAGACUGAAGAGUCAUCAUCCUCAUCCUCAUCAUCCUCAUCAUCGUCCUCAGGAUUGUGUCUCUGUGUGUUUAAUGGGGAUGUUAUAAAGCAGAACAGCUUGGAAACGGAGUUUCUCCAUGGUUGCUAUGGAGAAAAACUGCGCGUGACAGAACUUCGAAUAAGUUGUCGCGUGUGGUGUUUUGACAUUGCAAAGGACGCGCGCUGGGUUUUUUGUAUUGUUUGUGUGUUGUUUUGAGUAUUUUUAAAGGACGUCAUGAUGGUGCUGGUGAUGGAGCGCAGUUUCGUGGCGGCGAUGUACGUGUUAUUCGUGACGCUCGCGCUGCGCACGGAGGAGGGCGCGUGCCAGCACUACUACCUGCUUCGGCCGGUGCCGAGCGACAGUCUGCCUCUCGUGGAGCUCAAGGAGGACCCGGAUCCCGCGCUGGACCCGCGCGAGCGCGACCUGAACGAGACUGAGUUGCGGAGUGUGCUAGGCGGCGACCUGGACUCGCGCUUCCUCUCCAUGACGCCACCGCCGCCGAAGGAGCGCGAGGACGAUGAGCACGCGGACAGCUCGUUCCCCGACGGCCCAAUGCCCGCGCACAUACGCGCACUGGACCUCGACGCGCCGCCGUUCGUGGUGCCGGGCGCGCACCGCCGUAAAGCAGGCCGCAAGCUGAAACGGCGGCUGCAGAUGUGGCUGUGGGCGCACUCGGCGUGUCCGGUGUCCUACACGUGGACGGACCUCGGCAGCCGCUUUUGGCCGCGCUACGCACGCGUGGGCAGCUGCCGCAACGAGCGCUCGUGCUCCGUGCCCGAGGGCAUGAUGUGCACGCCCGCGGGGUCCUCGCGCGUCACGCUCUUGCGCUGGAGAUGCGCGCGCCGCAGAGGCAGCCUCAAAUGCGCGUGGAUUCCCGUGCAAUACCCCAUCAUCACCGAGUGCAAGUGCGCGUGCACGAACUGAACCCCUGAAACUUCCUCAACGUUUUUUAACUUAUAAAUUACUUUAUAAUAGGUAUAAAAGUUUCUAUUUUGUAUAAUGUUUAUAUAUUUUUAUUUUUUAAUUCCUUGUUGUGUUGUCGUUAUGCACUAUGAAGUGUAAGAAUGUAUUUUCUCUUCUUGAUGUAUAUGUUGUGCCAUGUAAAGAUGAUAGACAGUAUUAUGUAUAACCCAGAGUCUACUGUAUUUGUGAAGAAUAAAAUGUUUAUAUGUCA